CAAGAGAAACCUUGCCGCAACGUUGCGCACUGUGCCGUGUCCGUUCUCUCUUUCGAUUAAAUUUUCAUUUCUCUAGGCUUAUAUUGUAUUGUGUUUCUGUUGUCAAGGUGCUAACUAUUUCGAUUUUCAGAUAACGCCACUUCAAUCCCAUACCAUGAAAACAAUAUGGCUCCUCCUUGCCACUUGUAUCCAUGUUUUUGCUCAUGAUGAACUAUAUAUCCUUAUUGACGAAGUUAGUUUAUACAAUUGUCGUGGAGUGAAAAAUGAAAUAACAGUGAAAGAGGAGGAUGUUCAAAUUGUGAAUGAGCGAGGAAAUCGAGUUUAUUACAUUCGAGCUCCCGGAAAUUAUUCUCUUGAUUUCAAAAAGAUAAAAGUGAAACAGAAUUUUGGAUUUCUCGCUGGAGAAAUUGGAGUAACACUUCAAGUCCCAGUUCUCGAAGGUCCAGCUGGAAUUCGAUUUGAUUUACCAUACACAAUGGUCCCAGAAACGACACUUCUCAGUCAAAAAUGUGAUGACUUCAGCGGUGUGAUUGAGAGAAAUGGAAGAACGUAUUGUAGAUAUUGUGAUCUUUGUCAUGUAUCUCAGGCCGUUGAAAACGAGUUGGCUAGUGGAAGACAUCAGUUUCUUUCACAAUCUGAAAACGACACGCCUAUAUCAAAAUGUUAUAAUAUUGAAUCAAAUGAAUAUGAUUUCCGUCGAACAAUUCAAUUACCAAGUCGUUCUCAAUUAGAAGGACUUAUAAGAAGCAAAGCUCAAGGAAUUGAUGAUGAAAUCAAAAAACGACUUAACAAAGGGCGUGGACGAUUUCAAGUGUUCUUAAAUCUUAUCACUUCUGAUAAACCAGCAAUUUCUCUUAAUCGUUGGAUGGCCGGCUCCAAAGAUUGUGAGUGCUGUUUCAAUCGUAAUGCUCCACACUGUGACUCAUUGUCAUACUUGUAUUGUAACAUGGAAGACUGUAAGACUGGAUGGGCUCUGCAAUGCCUUCACAAAUCUGCCAAAGUGGCCGCAUGUUAUACCGUCGAAUUCAAUUAUAGAAUGACAACUUCGUAUUCCGAUGUUCUUGAAUUUCUGCGUGAAAAUAAUUAUCCAAAUCAAGACAGUCAAUAUACUCAACCAAAUCAACCACUUGUACCGACAACUCGUCGUCCCGUGACUCCGUCUUUUGAAGCUCGACAGGCAAAUCAACUUCAGAUGACACAGGCCUGUGUUGAAUCAAUGCCAUCUAGAAUGACACAUUUGAAAAGGUACUGUACAAUUUUCUGGAAUGAAAAACUAUGUUGUGAGCAUUGUCCAGACAUUUGCUAGGUUUGUAAGUAUGUAAUUUAUUUAAAUAAUUUAUUACCAAAAAGCCCCCUUCUAGAUCUUUUUCUGAUUCUCUUUACUUUAAAAGUAAAGGAUGUACUUGAAUUCUCACUCUUUUCGAGCUCUUUCUUUUGUUGUUUUCUUUCUUUCUUAUAGUAUUGAUUUCACGAGUACACACUUUACUAUAACUUAUUUUCUUUUUUUUCCAUAUUUUUGUUUCUUCUUUCAUCUGUAAAUAAAAUAUAAAUCUUUCU